GCUAGCUAUGAUGAAUUUCAGACCAGUGGCCUAUUCAGCAGUCUCAUGAAAGACAUUAAUCUAUGGAUUGCUGCCUAUAAGAUGCUAGCGCCUAAUCCAGGAUCCCACGAAGGAUCCCACGAAGGCGCGAAGCUAGCGCCUAAUCCAGGAUCCCACGAAGGAUCCCACGAAGGCGCGAAGCUAGCGCCUAAUCCAGGAUCCCACGAAGGCUCCCACGAAGGCGCUGGGGGAACGAUAGCUCUUCGAGCCUCUAUGAAGUCACUCGAGGACGAAGGACGAAGGCUGCUCACAAGAGCUGGACACGAAGUGUUGAGAUUAAUCAAGAACGAAAGUUGGGGGAUCGAAGACGAUCAGAUACCGUCCUAGUCUCAACCAUAAACGAUGCCGACUAGGGAUUGGCGGAUGUCUAUUGGAUGACUCUGCCAGCACCUUGUGAGAAAUCAAAGUUUACGGGUUCC